AGAAUUGUCAAUUGCUAAUGAAAGGACGCGAGUGCGUUUUGUGUUUUGAAAUUUGUUUUAUACUUAUUAUAUUUAAAAUAUAUAUACUUCGGGCAAAUACAGAGGUUUAAUUCGCCAGUAUUCACUGUGUACCAGUUUAUUGCCAGAAUGACUAACGAUGAAACACCAUUGCCUGAGGGGUGGGAAAUGCGCACCAGUCGCUCCACUGGUAUGACCUACUACCUGAACACUUACACCAAGAAGUCCCAAUGGGACCGCCCCGAGGCUCCAGCAGACCAGGGUGAAGUGAGAUGCAGCCACAUACUGGUCAAGCAUGCGGAAAGUAGAAGACCGUCGUCUUGGAGAGAAGAGAACAUAACCCGCACCAAGGAGGAGGCUUUGGAUCUGUUGAAGAGCUACCGUAAACAGAUUGUAGCUAACGAUGAAUCUUUUGCCGACUUGGCUUCAAAAUACUCUGAUUGUUCGUCCGCAAAACGUGGUGGCGAUUUGGGGUCGUUCGGCCGUGGACAAAUGCAGCCGACUUUCGAGGAGGAGGCGUUUAAAUUGAAGGUCGGACAGCUCAGCAAGCCUGUUGAAACGGACUCUGGUUUUCAUAUUAUACUGAGAACUGCUUAAUUUUUUUAGAAGCAUCAUAAUAAGAUCUGCAGACUGCAACUCAUACUUUAAGAGCAAAUUAAGUGUCAGAUUUUAAUUACAAAUCUUUAGGUAUUUGCGUCAACAACUAUGAUCCUAAAUCAAAAUUGUCAUGUCUAAGAGAUGAAUUGACUAUCCUUAAUUUUUUUUAGAAUUAAAUGAAGUUACAUUACCCAUUAUACCAUGUA